CUCAAACUGCUGAGAUGUGGUUGUUAAUGGAGUGGGUUCUAGGACACUAGUAACACAUACAAAAAUUUUGAGAAAAAUUUAUAAUUAUCUGACGGAGUUUAGUUAGAAUUAUAAAUCUGUAUUUCGACAGAAUUUCUUUUUAGCAUAGAGCGUAGUCAUUGCAAACUGACAGGUACUGCAUCAUGCAAAGUUUCCAAGGACGCCAUUCGUCUAUCAUGAGGACGACAGCAACCAUCUACGAGCUGAGACACGUUUUCCAAAUUUUGACAUCCUCGGCUUCACUGCGCUUGGCACCUGCUGGAUCAGAGAAGCAGAUGGGACCGCGAGCAGUCCACGUUGCUAGGCAACGGACAAUUAAUUACCUAUUUCAAAGUGAUUUUGGCCUGCCAAAUAUAACGCUGACAUUGAAAUUGCAGAAAUGUCUGACGACGCUGGAUCUGACGUCACUGGGUGUGGGCUCUUGCGUGGGUACGGGAAUGUACCUCGUGGCCGGCAUGGUGGCGCGCAAUUAUGCCGGCCCUGGCGUGGUCGUCUCCUUCAUAAUCGCAGCUGUGGCGUCCAUCUUCUCCGGGGCCUGCUACGCGGAGUUCGGAGUUCGAGUCCCACACACGACUGGCUCUGCGUAUAUGUACAGUUAUGUGACGGUCGGUGAAUUCAUCGCUUUUGUGAUUGGCUGGAACAUGGUGCUCGAAUACCUCAUUGGCACGUCAGCUUGCGCAUGCGCACUCAGCGCCUGUUUCGACGCGUUGGCUAACGGUGGUAUCAGUGGGGCCAUCGGCGGAGCUGUGGGAACUAUUUUUGGGCGACCGCCCGACUUCCUGGCGUUCGUGAUCACGAUUCUGAUGACGCUUCUCAUGGCGGCAGGCGUCAAAAAGUCGCUGGUCUUCAACAACGUGUUGAACGCGCUGAACCUGUCCGUGUGGGUGUUCGUGAUGGCUGCCGGUCUCUUUUACGUGGACACAAGCAACUGGAGCGACCACAAGGGCUUCCUGCCGUACGGCUGGCCGGGGGUGCUGACAGGAGCCGCCACUUGCUUCUACGCCUUCAUUGGGUUUGACAUAAUAGCCACAACGGGGGAAGAGGCCAACAACCCUAAGCGAUCCAUCCCCUUGGCCAUCGUCAGCAGCCUCGUCAUCAUACUCAUCGCCUACGUCACUUCCUCGAUGAUGCUUACUCUGAUCGUGCCGUACGACGAGGUAGAUGCUGAUUCAGCACUGGUGGAGAUGUUUGGGCAGGUCGGGGCCAUGAAGUGCAAGUACAUUGUGGCGGUCGGGGCACUGGCAGGUCUCACUGUGUCCAUGUUUGGUUCCAUGUUUCCCAUGCCACGCAUCGUGUAUGCCAUGGCUCAGGAUGGACUCAUAUUCAGGACCCUGUCGCAGGUUUGGCCGACCACCGGAACACCGGUGCUCGCCACUUUCAUAUCUGGCCUUGCUGCGGCAAUGGCGGCGCUGUUAAUUCAGCUGGAAGUCCUUGUCGAGAUGAUGUCUAUUGGCACGCUCCUUGCCUACACACUCGUAUCAACCUGCGUGCUGAUCUUGAGGUACCAGCCCCAUUCCACCAACCUUAUCGAACUGCUGCCCCAGAGCCUCAGAACUCCCAUUCGUGGCUCACCCACCAAGGAGAAUCUCAGCAAUGGACAGGUGCUCUAUGGGAAGCAGUUGCAACCCGACCAACUGAGAGCGGCUCUCGGCACCACGGCGCCCUCCCCCGCGACCCCUAUCCACCAGCCUCCGGCGUCAGCUGUUGUUGGUAUGGGCCCCACUGGUACCCACCACAACCAGCAACAGAGGAUUAUGGUGCGGCGGGUCACACGCAGGACGGAUUGCACAGGCAAUGUGCAAGGAUUCGAAGAUUCACCUGACAGCGAUGACACAUUCCCAGGUGAGGAGCCAGAGGAGGAGUUCUCUAUGCGGGAUGACCAGUUCUUGGUGUCAGACCGCAGUGAAAACAAGUUUUAUGGCACAGUACAUGGUGGCAGCACAGGGGGCAGUGGUGUGGCAGGGGCAGUGGGACCCAGCCUGGGGUAUAUCGGUAGAAGACUGCAGGCCGCCACAUACCUGUGCCCAGCCAUAUUUCCGUGGGUGGACACAGGUCCUGCGACAGAGGAGUCGGGCAUGUUCGUCAUGAAGAUGGUGGGACUGUUGUACCUGCUGAUCCUCAUCUUUGACCUGAUUGUCGUGUGUGGCAUGGGCUCCAUGUCAGGCGCCACCACUUUCUUCCUUGUGGUCUUUCUCCUGGCAAUCAUUGCCGUUCUGCUCGUCAUCUCCAGGAAGCCCCAGAACAGGAAGACCUUGUUGUUCAUGACCCCAGGACUGCCCUUUGUGCCAGCCAUAGCAGUCAUGGUCAACAUCUACCUCAUCUUCAAGCUGUCCAUCCUUACUCUCGUUCGCUUCAUUGUCUGGAUGACGAUAGGUCUGGGUGUGUACUUCUACUACGGCAUUAAGCACAGCACGCUGGAGGAAGAAGAGAGCACUGGUGACCAGCAAAACAUUGAGCUCACGGUGACAGACGAGACACCCACACAAGAGUAUUGCCCUGCAAGUGAUCUGUUCAUUCCUGUCCAGAGUUUCCCCACAUGGGAUGACUAAAGCAUCUAAAGAUUCAUGGCUGCUAGACACAUCCACAUAUUGUCAGUAUUGGAAAUAUAAAUUUCAUUAUAGAUAUUUUGUUCAGCUGAUACUAAUAAAAAAGUUGAAUAUUUGGAAGGAAUUUAUAAUGGCAAGACAGCAGUGGAGGUUUUUAAAGAAUUGACUGAGGUCUAUAGUCUUUCAUUUCAGAACUAAAUAAAUCCAUCAUUAAAUUGUGGUGUCUAGAGUACUGAGUACAUUAAACCAGAAAUGUAGCAGGCACAUUAUAUGAAGACUCUAUGAAAUUUUCUCUCCCUAAAAACAUGCUGGCCCCAUGACUGUAUUAUAAUUCUUCAAUUGGCAAACGUACCUUUAGGAGUUGAGUCGCACCUGACAUUAUUUUUCCCACAACCACUAGGAAUUUACAUAUAGCAUACAAGGCAGGAUGAAUAAGUAAGUAACACAUCGUCAUCUGUAUUAUAUAAUGGAACUGUUGUUAGGAACAUGUGUUCACCAAAAUCAGUACGAAAAAUCUACAGUUCUACAUAGUUCUUGUAGGCUCAGGUGGCACUGGUGUGUAUGUGUGUCCCUCUUGACAAGGAUAUAAUUUAGGUUAUAAAAUAAAAUAAAAUUGAUUUUUUAAUAUUAAUAUAGAACAUGUUAAAUAUUACAUCAAGAGAGUCAAGGUGGAUGUAUCGAGGGGCUGUUGACUAGUCUCAGACAGCUUAAUUUAAUUUCUGGUAUUUCAUUUGAUUCCAUAAUUUUUGUUUGACACAAAGGGUUGAAUUCAUUACACCCUCUUGGUUUGACGUUGGCAAAUUCUAUCACUUCUGUCACAAAAAUGCUUUUUGUCACCAGUUCAUACUAUUAUAAAUUUCCAAAUACUAUUUUGUAAUAAAGAAAUAAUAUGACUGCUUACAUUAAUUCUAAACAAGUGGGCAUUAGGGAAAAUUCAAUGAAUUACAACAUUCAGCAUUCAGCAAAUUGUGUUGUUGGUUUCAUGUUUUAAAUUUCUGAAAUUAUGGAAAAUCCUCCAAAAAUUUUUAAAGCCAGCAGUAUUAUCUUCAUUCAGGUGACAACAUUUAAACCUCAAAACUUACGUAAGUGACAAAUUUACUUUCACCCUAGCUGAAAUCCCCCCCAAAAUUUUUAUGUUAAGUAUAAACAUAAAACAAAUACAGAAAUUAGUUACAAGCGCAGACUGAUAUGUGUAAUUACAUUUUAUGUUUAAAAACUGACACAAACUUUCAUAACAUCAGACUUCUCCUUCUAAUUUUUGAUCAACACAAGGAGUGGUUGAUCGUUCAUUCCGAUAGCCCGAGUCAGCAAUCAAAUGUACCACUACAAAGUUGAUAGAAAUGGUAGAAAACAAUAUUAAUUUCUGCUGCAACAGAGUGAAUGCUACCUGAAUCGGAGAGUGCCAUCUCAUUUCAAAACACUGCAAAUGCUGAAAAUUUCCGGCAUCAUAAGAACAAAUUAACAUCAUGGUAAAUAAAUACUAAAACACAAAGCACCCUCAUCUUUAUAUCAUUCACAGGAAUACUAACCGUACUGAAUACAUGUGCUUUACAUAAUGAUGCCCUACUGUGCUGUUGAAUGUACUACAACAAACAAGAGAAUCCCAUCACAAUAAUCUUACCAUGUGUUCCAGAAACUUCUUAUAGUCUUUGUUUGUGUCUCAUAUUGCCGUUAUCAAUAAUCGUGAUGCAAUAACCAGUAUUUAAAUAUUGCAAUAAGAGAAGUAAAAACUGAAUUUCAUUCAUGUAAAUUCCAAUCUUGAUUGCACUUUAAAAUAUUUGCACCAUGUAUGGAAAUAUUGUACAUAUAUUACUGUAAUUAUCAUUAUAAUAUGGGCCAUGACUGUGAUCCCAAUUGGAUUUGCUAUAACAGCGCUCUUCUUGUCAGCGUAAGCUUCACUAUGGCAGAAGAGUGAUGUUAUUUGUAGAUUCCAAUCUUUAACAUUCCCACAAUUUUUUAAUCACAAAAGAAGAGCAUAAAUUUCCAUUUAUUUUUGAGACUCUUUUAUAAUUUGGACAACAGAUACUAAAAGAUACAUUUUAAUUUGAUUUUGAUGGCUAUCCUAUCUUGGAAUUCUUAGUGAAUUCUGGUCUCAUCAAUUUCAGUUUCAUGCAGAUCGGUGACUGCUGACAUAAUUCUGUUGCGAACCAUGCCAGGGGUUGCAGUUGACGGGUACCAUGUCGUGUAGUAAACAAUUAUCCACUGUAAUAUAAACUCCCUUCCUGCCCUCUAUACGUCAGUGCCUGUAAGUACGAGACUAAGAGAAGCAGAAAUUUAAAAUUAAUACGUAAACACGUAGUACAGAUUUUUUAAAUGUCUCAACCCCUCCAGAGAAGAGGAGAUUUAAGAUAUAAUAUAUUAUAUAUACAGUACUCUGUAAGCAAAAGAAAACAAAAGGCCUAUUGUACUAUAUUUCUGUGAAGAAGCUGGUGCAUCUGAGACGAGUGGGAGUUCAAAUGAACAGAAAUCUAACAAAUGUUACAUAUCUUCUUUCAGUUCCUGUCGCCUGUUUUGAAUGGUGAGAGAUAACGUUAUAUUCCUUCUCAUGUUUGCAGCUGUAACUUGAUUUGUCAAAAUGCAAGCGUUAAGUUGAGCACGUACUUGGAACUGA